AUGGAAGCGAUGGAAGUGGCGGUGACCAUCGCACGAGAUGGCGAGGCCAUCGUGCAAGUGGCCACAGCCUUCCUUUUCCCGAGACCACACACGAAUGAUUCCAUAGAGUUUGAAGAUCGACAGGAAGACCCCGUUCAAAUCCACCUGAAUUCGCCAAUUGAUCUGGAGCAGUUUCAGGGCAAGGAGUUGGUCUUUGUUUUGACGAGCCACUCUACCUUCCAGGACAAAUCAAGUAACCGGGAGAUGCGAACAACGGGCCAUGUUUACUGUCUCUCUGGGAGUGAGAAAAUACGGAUUAGGUCCGUCGACUUCUGCGGCCAGGGUUAUUCCCGGAACCCCGUGCAGGAUUACCUGCGCCGACACGGUGUGGUGGGCCACCGCGCUCAUUUCUUUGACACUCCGCGGGUUCUCCGGACUGACCUCACCGGUCAGGUGUCUUCGUCGAGUGUCGAAUACGCGCAAGCCCCAUUACGCAUGGGAUGUACACGAGCGGCCUCAUCCGGGGACUCGUCGAAUGGCAUCUGGCCAGCAAUGACCCGCGCCGCAUGCGCACCUGGGAGUGUUCCUUCGAGGCCAAAGUGUUCCCGGGGGAUUCCCUCGGGGUGGAUAUUCACCACGUGGGCAUGCGUGGCGGAUGCAAUUGUUACGGACCGCCUUCCCACGAGGCCCCGAGAAGAAAACAGUCAAUUCGGUCGGAUUGUUUUGGAUAACGUCGAGAAUAGAGAAUCCUGCAAGGUAUUAGUGUCAAGGCUUCCAUUUAAUUUGAGAAGCAGAGCAACCAUAAGUAUCCACAAAAUAUCGGUGCGCCAAUUGCGGUGCAUGCUUACAGGAAAGGCCUUACAAAACUCCGAGUUAUUUCGGCUACUGCGGAGGUUGCAACCUCUCCAACCAUCUAUGUUUUCACCGGCCAGGGAAGCCAGGUCCAGGAAAUGGGCAUGGAUCUGUACCGGACCAGUCCGGCAGCCCGCCAAGUGUGGGACCACCGACGACACGUAUAACAAACAAGGCCAGGCUAUUCAAUAUCCGUACUUUGAGGAAAUCACCCACUUCAGUCGCUCGUACACUUUCCGUUCCUCCAGAGGUCUCCUGCAUGAAACUCAAUUUACCCAGCCUGCACUCGGUCUAAUGGAAAUCGCACAGGUCCACGACCUCCGGUCCCGGGGAUUGAUCGAACCGCGCAGUGACUUUGCGGGCCACUCGCUGGGCGAAUACGCGGCCUUGGUCUCUAUGGAAGAUAUAUUCUCCAUUGAUCUAUGGGCGGCGAUGGUCUUUCGACGCGACUCGAGGCCCACGCCGGGGUCAUGGCGGCACAGGGGGGAGCUAACGAUGGAUAUUCCAUGUGCGCAGUGGAUCCGAAACGGGCAUCGAACGGUACGUGCAAAUGAUGCGAGUGAUCUAAUAUCACGGCGUGCCAAUGACACUUACGAAUCGACAGAUUUUACAGAGCAGGACCUUCAGCGAUGCAUCGCAGCGAUUGCAGGUGCAACAAAUGGAUUCCUCGAAGUGGUUAAUUACAAUAUCUCCAAUGUGCAAUAUUUACCAAGCCUUGCCUGCUUAACUGGCGUGCUGGAUGAUCUUACAAUCGAUCCCAAUGCCGUCAAGGUCAUAAAGUCUCCGGGCCAGCUGAAUGAGCUCAUUGAGACCCAUCGGCGACGAAUAGAGGCAGCGGCAAAACCGCUCAUCCUCGCGCGGGGUAAAGCCACUGUGCCCCUAUAUGCAAUGUCCCGUUCCAUAGCAGCCUACUGA